CGGGUCAAUUUCACAAUACUUGUUUAACGGCAACUAACACCAACCAAAUUACACGAUAAGUUAACGAAAUCGGGAUCAGGGUUCUUCAAAGUUUCGAUUUUUUUUUUUCCUUUCUUCAUCUCUCUUUCUGGGUAUUUCGUGGGUUUUACCCAGAUUUCGAAAUUGAAUGGCGGACGAAGUGGAAUUGUCGCCGUUGAUUCCGCCGUCGCCGAUCGUGGAUCCUUCUGAGGUAGAUCUCGAAGCUGGACCUGGUGAACAGAUUCAGUGUCGAAUCUGCCUUGAAACUGAUGGUAGGGAUUUCAUUGCGCCAUGCAAAUGCAAAGGGACAUCAAAGUAUGUACAUCGCGAUUGCUUGGAUCAUUGGAGAGCUAUAAAGGAAGGUUUUGCGUUUGCACACUGCACUACUUGCAAGGCUCCAUAUUAUCUGAGAGUUCAUAGUGCUGGAGAUAGGAAAUGGCGGACACUGAAGUUUCGCUUCUUUGUUACUCGAGAUAUUUUAUCCAUAUUUCUUGCUGUUCAGCUUGUGAUUGCUGCCUUGGCUUACAUGGUCUAUUUCAUAGAUAGUUACCAGCAAUCAUGGCUUCGUCAUAUUUGGGGUUUUGACAGUGAGGUCACGUUUUAUUACAUGUGUGGAGCUUUAUUAUUCUUUGCUCUGCUGGGUCUAUCUGGAUGCUUCAUUACCUGCUACGAUCGAAGAGUUCGCAAUGACUUAGCUCAGCCUUGCCGUGAAUUGUGUCUCUGUUGCUGUCAGCCUGGGAUAUGCACGGACUGCCAUCUUCCAGGAACAAUUUGUAUGUGGGCAGAUUGCACUGCAUGUACUGAAGGCUGUGCAAGUGCAGUUAGUGAGUGUGGAGGUUGCCUUGGAGGUGCAGGGGAUGCUGGAUUGCCAUUGCUCUUCAUAACGGCAUUAGUAAUUCUCGGUUUAUUUACAGUUAUCGGUAUAUUCUAUAGCGUGUUAGUUGCAACCAUGGUUGGACAACGCAUUUGGCAGCGCCAUUACCACAUUCUCGCCAAAAGAAUGCUAACAAAGGAGUAUGUGGUCGAGGAUGUCGAUGGAGAAAUGGUAGGGUCAGAAUGGUCGCCACCGGCUUUACCAUCUGAGCAUGUCCAGCAGCUGAAGACACUUGGCCUUCUAUGAAAACUAUAUGGCUUGUGAUUGAAAGAAACUAUGGAAGAGUUUUUCAACUGCAUAGAGAGAAAUCCAUCUGACUAAGUUGGUGAGAGAGAGAGAGAAGUCACAGUUUAAAGAUUCUGAAUGUUAAAAUGGUCUACUAGAUCUUUCUUAGUUUGUAAAGAAAAGACUCCUCAACUUUAUAGAGUCGGAGAUCUCUCCUGUUGUUGAACUGAGCUUCGUGUUGAAUGUUUGUUUCUAACGGGUUUUAUUGUUUUUCUUUUAACAUAGGUAAAUAUCCAAAAAUGUUAUUUUCUUUUGUGUA